AUGCAGGUCCAGCAAGCAAAAGAGGAACACCAAAAUUUAAACGAAGCUCCUAAGGGUGCUCUGCGUACUGUUUUCAAUGACAGAUACGAUUUCAACGUCAAGCAUCCUUUGACUCGUGCCUGGACACUGUGGUUUUUGAUGCCGCCUACGCCUGGUUUGGAAUGGAAUGAACUUCAAAAGAAUGUGAUGACUUUCAAGAGUGUCGAAGAGUUCUGGGGCAUACAAAACAACAUCCAUACUGCUUCUUCUUUGCCCAUCAAGUCAGACUACUCCUUCUUCCGUGAGGGUGUUCGUCCUGAGUGGGAAGAUGUUCACAACAAAAACGGUGGAAAAUGGGCUUUUCAAAACAAGGGACGCGGUGGUGCUGCCCUUGACGAGAUGUGGUUGAAUACAAACGCUGUUCCUAGUCUUUCCUACGUUUCUUCAUACUUCUUCGUCCCCCCCUCUCUCUCUUUCCUAUUACUAACUCUUCCAGGUUUUGGCCGCCAUUGGCGAGAGUCUGACCCCACUGGUGAGGAAGUUAUGGGUGUUGUAAUCAACAUGCGUAAGGGCUUCUAUCGUUUGGCCGUGUGGACCAAGACCUGCUCGAACCGUGAAGUGCUGAUGGAAAUUGGCACUCGUUUCAAACAAGCCCUGAACUUGCCCCGUAACGAGACCAUCGAGUUCAGUGCUCACGAGGACUCAUCCAAGUCAGGCAGUACCCGUGCCAAGACCCGCAUGAGUCUGUAA